AAUCUCGACAAUAAAGAAGAAGAUGGUUUCUCUUUCACACACACACAACGUGUGACGUCAUAGUUUUUCCAAAUGUUGUUGAUACCUGAAUUCUCUAGAUAAACUUCAGGAGAAGAUUACUGACGAAGUGUGUUUUAUCUAUGUGACAGUGAAGGUUUUGAAAAUGGCUCAUCGCGUCCGAUGCUUUUUUGACAUUGAGGUGGAUGGUAUACCAUCAGGCCGCAUCAUAUUUGAGCUGUUCAGUGAUGUUUGUCCAAAAACAUGUGAAAAUUUCAGAGCUCUUUGUACUGGGGAGAUGGGAAAUGGGAAAACCACCGACAAACCAUUGCAUUACCGUGGUGUCAAGUUUCAUCGGGUCAUUAAGGACUUCAUGAUACAGGGUGGUGAUUUUAGUGCUGGAAAUGGCACUGGUGGUGAAUCAAUUUAUGGAGGACAAUUUGAAGAUGAAACAUUUGACAUUCAUCAUGAAGAACCCUUUUUGCUCUCCAUGGCGAACCGAGGAAAGGACACCAAUGGUUCUCAGUUUUUCAUAACAACCCAGCCCUCUCCGCAUCUAGAUGGGAAGCACGUGGUGUUUGGUCGAGUUGUGAAUGGAAAGGAGGUAGUUGCAGCCAUAGAGGAUCUUCCCGUUGACAACCGUAGCCGCCCGCUCCAGCCAGCUGUCAUAUCCAACUGUGGAGAACUGAUUCUUCAGCGUUCUGUCAAAACCAAAGAGAAAAAGCAUAAAAAGAAGAAGGUAUCAUCAUCAGAUGGUGACUCAGAUACAGAGAAGAAGAAAAAGAAAAAGAAGAAAGAGAAGAAACAGAAGAAGCAUAAGAAAUCCAAGAGCUCGGAUGAAGAAGGUGAGGUCAAGGAAGAUGAAGAGACACCAAAUGGUGCUGCCCCAACUAUUCUACGCCCUCACCCAUUUGCAACAGUUUCAGUAAUUAAUCCAGAUGAAAUUCCAGAUGUACCCAAAAAUAGGUUUUUGUACCGGGGUGGGCCUGAAAAGGAUGGAGAUCAAAUGCGAAUUGACAGAGGCAGAGAAAGAGUCAGAGCUUACACCAAAAGUGGGCGCAAAGUCAAAGGACGAGGAUCUUUGCGUUAUCGCACUCCAUCACGGUCAAGAAGUCGUUCUCGCAGUGUAACACCACCUCACUGGCGUCAGGCUCAGCGAAGAACCAUACCAUAUGAUGUAUUGCAGCGCCGUGAGGAAGGCAUACAGAUGAGACAACAAGAGCGUGAACAUGAAAUAGAAGAAAGGAGACGACGUAGAGAAGAACGCCACAGGGAAAUGGAAGGAAAAGAUCUUGAUGGUGAGGGUCGCCACCAAAGUGGAUACUUUGGUCGAAUGAGAGGAAAUUGGCAAAAUCCUCGUGACAGAAACAGAGAUCGGGAUAGAAGAGAAGAACAAGGGUGGCGAAAUGCUAGAGAAAAACGUACUUUCCGAGAAGAGGGUAAAAGACAUUCAAAAAAUAGUGAAGACAGUGGCUAUGCUGAUGUGAAAGAGAAAAUGCAACAUCAACAGGAGAAGUUUGUUGCAGAAUGUAGUGAAAGUAACCACAAGAUGAAGAAAGAAGCAGAAGCACGAGAAGAGCUUGAAGGUAAAGUUCCUUCUGAUGGUGAUGAACCAGUUCCCAGUGAAGGUGCAACUGUCCAAAAAGAAGAUCAUGUAAAGAGGGAGAAGCAUGAAGUUCUAGAUGAAAACGCCUUGGAUUACGAAGCAAUGGAUAAUGAUGAGGAGGAGGAUGAGGAAGAGGAAGAGAAGCAGGGUUUUAAUGGCAAAAUAGAGAGUAAAGAUGAACCUCAAAUUUCUCCCAAAGCUCCCAAACUUACUGAGGAUGAUAGAGAUGACAAAAAAGAAAAUGAGAAAGACACCACUAAAGGUAAAGAUAGUGAGGACAAAAAGACAACCAGGGACUUGAAAAGAACUCAUAAUGAUCACAGAGAUGAGAGGUCAAGGUCAAGGUCAAGAGGAAGACAGACAGGAAGGUCACGUGACUGGCGUGAGAGAUCCAGGGAUAGAAGGAAUAGGUCACGAGACAGAAAACACUCACGAGAUAGAGGCAACCAGCGGAAUAGAUCAAGGGAACGAUCUCGUGACAGGAGAGGUAGAUCCCGUGAUAGAAGAGGUAGAUCCCGUGACAGAAGAGGUAGAUCUCGUGACCGAAGAGGAAGAUCUCAGGAUAAACGAAACAGGUCUCAAGAUAGGAGAUCAAGAAGUAGAGAUAGAAAAUCUAGAGAUCGAUCACGAGAGAGAAAAUCAAGUAGAGAAAGGUCCAGAGAUAGGAAAUCCAGAAGUAGAGAAAAAUCAAGGGAAAGGAAAUCUGGCAGCAGGGACAAAGGAGGAAGCAGAAGGCGUGGUUCUUCUAGUAGUGAUAGCAGUAGUGAUAGUGACUAGAUGUAAGUGGCUGCGAGUUUUAUAUGGUUAGUGCAGAUUUUUUUGCUUUCCAAUGAUUUUAUUAUAUACUAAAUUUAAAUAGUUACUAAAGUAGUAUAUGUAAAUUCCACAGGGGCAUUGUGUACAUGUUGGAAUCGAGUCUAUCCAGUGUUCUGUAUUUGAGUAUUUUAAAGAUUUAAAAUAAUGACUUAAUAGUGAUAUUAAGUAACUUAAGUUGUAAUUUUUUUUAUUAAUUCUUGUAUAUAAAAAAUUAAACAGAAAUUUGCCCUUUUCUAAUUGUAUAAAAAAAAAAAUUCUCAUUGUAGCAAGGAAAAAAGUAAACAUUGUUUCUCAAGUGAAGUGCUGUGUAGAUGGUUAAAAAAAAUACAAAUUUGUCAAGUAUAUUUAAUAUCCAGUUUUUUAUUUUUCAGCAGAAAAAAUAUAAUUUUACAUUAUUCUCAUCAAACUGCUAGAUUAUACAGAAAUCCAUUAUAGUUUCCAAACAAUUACUAGAAGUGAAUAUGUGUGCGUGAGCACAUAAUUUCACAUAAAUGGGGAAUAUUUUGUAGAAUACUUGUACAUUUAUUUUUACAACAUGAGUACUUUGACAAUGAUAACCUUCCCAAGAAAGUAAUGGGAGGUAAUUUUCAACUAUGUUAAGAGUAUAUUUCUUAGUAUUCAAAUGUUAAAUACUGACAGUCAAUCCACUAGCAGAUGAGAGAGCUGGUUUUGCAUUUGUAUCAAGAUAUUCUUACAUGCCAGUGGUAAUGGUUACCACAGAUAAUUAAAAAUAUAUAUCAAAAGCCUG